GUCUCCUGAGGGCUGGGGUCUUCCAGUGCCUAGGGGAGCAACAAGCCCUGAGGGGUGACUGGCCAGGACGGGGUGGGCCAGGAGGUGCACGCUCCGUGAUCCCUGCCCGCUGGUUUCCUCCCGGGUCAGCACGGCUCCUUAUCAGGCGUGGCCAGGCAGCCAGAGCCUUAUCUACACCGGCCCAGCAUCCUCUGGCCUCUGAGCCAGGGGGUAAGAGGGAGGAAGCUAGGCUGUCGGGGGCGGGGGGCGGUUAGGGCGGGCCGGUCCAGGAGCGGCUCACUUUCUCUUUGGGCACCCACCACCACGACUCUGAGCUGCUCAGGCCCUCCGGAGCCCGGGAGGUGGCGCAGCCCAGCUCUGAGAGGCCCAACCGGAGUACCUAGGGCACACUGGCCGGAGCGGACAGUGGAAACCGCCUCCUGACCUGGAUUGACAGCCCUGACCACACAGCCGGGCCCUCUGGGCUGCGGGAACUGCUACAGGGUUAGCGCUCCAUCCUCGGGGCCCAUGUGCCCACCCCAGGCCCAGGCAGAGGUGGGUUCCGCCAUGACUGAGAAGACUGAGAUGGCAUCUGCUUCUAGCCCAGCACCUGCUCCUCCCCCUAAGCCGGCCUCACCUGGGCCCCUGCCUGCAGAGGAGGUGGAGCAGAGAAACACCUGCACCCCCUGGCUGCCUCCAGGUGUGCCAGUUAUAAAUUUGGGUCACACCAGGCCCACAGGGGCAGCCAUGGCCACCACAGAGCUCAGUGCCCUUCGGCCCUCCUUGCUGCAGCUAGCGGCCUUGGGAACAGGUCCACCAGCCCUGGCCCUGCAUUACCACCCUCACCCCUUCCUUAACAGUGUCUACAUUGGGCCAGCAGGACCCUUCGGCAUCUUCCCUAACAGCCGGCUGAAGCGAAGACCAAGCCACGGUGAGCUGGACUUGGCUGACGGGCACCAACCCCAGAAGGUGGCUCGGCGCGUGUUCACCAACAGCCGGGAGCGCUGGCGGCAGCAGCACGUUAACGGCGCCUUCGCAGAGCUCAGGAAGCUGCUGCCCACCCACCCGCCCGACCGGAAGCUGAGCAAGAACGAGGUGCUGCGCCUGGCCAUGAAGUACAUCGGCUUCCUGGUGCGGCUGCUGCGAGACCAAGCGGCUGUGCUGGCCUCCAGCCCCAGCGCGCCCGGGCCCCGCAAGCCCCCUGCGCCCCGGGGCGCGGAGGGCGGCGCGCGCUGCGGGGCCGGACAGAGAGCGGAGGCUGCCUGCUCGCAGCCCGUGCUUCCUGGGGACUGCGACGGCGACCGCAACGGGUCGGUGCGACCCAUCAAGAUGGAGCAGCCGGCCCUGAGUCCUGAGGUGCGGUGACCUCGGGCAGUGGUGCCUCGCCUGCUGCUCAGUGAACUCCCUGCAAAAGGACCGAGGUCGCGCAGAUGAGGAAACGCCCUGCCGCUGUGGAAGGGUGAUGCCGACUGCAGGGGGCCCCCGCAGGCUUAAAGAAAUUCCCACAGCUACUUGAGGUGGCUUUGCCAGGGUCCUCUUACCUGGGCCGAGGCCAGACCAUCCACGAGGCGGCGGGGCCGCGGGGGAAGGGUGUCCGCGGCGCCCCCUGCCGGAGGGAGGCGGGAAGCCCCCUGGACCAGCGUGUGGGAGGACCUGCCCCUGCGAGCCCCGCUCGGUGCGCGGGAUCCUCCACCCUGUUAGCCAAGUUGACGAAGACUCGGGCACUCUUG